GCUUAGAAAUCUACUGCAUUGGUUUGCAGGAAAUCUGUACAGAAGGACCCUUUAUGGACCUAUCCAGUCUAAACUAGUUUGUGUGCUAACUAUUUACCCAAAGAAAGGGUCUAAGGUCAACUCUAAGGUAGGCUAUAAAUAAGUAGCAGUACGGAGGGACUUGCUUGCAGAGCAUGUGGUUUUUGUUUGAUCAAAUGAUUUCUCUUGCAUUCUUUUACCAGCAUGCAGUGCAGCACACUGCCUUAAUCUUGCUCAUUUAUGUUUAGAGAGGAGUCAAGAACGCCAAAAUGUUCAGAUCACAUGUGAGUGUGACAAUCGUUCGGCAGCUGGUAGAAAUUAGCACAAAGCACCGGCUCUUUGUGUUUGGGAAACUAAUAACUGGGAAGAGGAUUGUGGGUUCAAUGAGGUGGGAGAGCAGCAUCCGGCCUGCCCCUCUGUUGACAGCCACUCCUGUUCGCACUCUUGUAGACGAACAGACCUGCAUCAAGGCCAGCUUUUUGCCUUCAAAUCAUCAUGUCACAGUUUGUGCUCGAAUGCGCAGCGAUGAAGGAGACCUGUGGCAGUCAUUCGCUCAUUACAACAGCAAUUCCGGAGGCACGUUUGACUUGAACAGCGAUCUCUCCGUUGGAGGCUCCUAUUCUGGCUGUGAGCCAAUGGGACUCUUCUGGAGCAUGCAGCCAGCUCCUGGAGAAAGAGACGGUUUGAGAUUGAGAAAGAAAUGUGUGGAAAGUCCUUACACAGUGCACAUUUCCUUACUGGAGGGCCACGUGUCACCAAAUCAAGAGCCGGUGAAGGAGCUGGCAGCUGUGACGGCUGAGCGCUGGUACAUGGCCCCAGGGGUGAAGAGACAAGAAAUUCGUCAAAAUGGACUUGUAGGAACAUUAUUCAUCCCUCCUGGGCCAGGCCCGUUUCCUGCCAUGUUGGAUAUGUGGGGAAUGGGUGGAGGUCUUCCGGAGUAUCGCUCCUCCCUGUUUGCAUCCAGAGGUUAUGCUAGUUUUUGCCUCGCUUAUGUUGGUCACAAAGACUUACCAGGUCCACCAAACACUAUUAAUGUCGGAGAUUCCUAUUUCCAGGCAGCCUUCCAGUUUCUUCAGGACCAUUCUCACAUUGCUGCAGACAAAGUCGGAAUCGUUGGUCUUUCCUAUGGAUGUUAUUUGACGUUUCACACUGCUACGUUAGCUGGAGUUAAACCAGCCUGUUUGAUAGGUAUCAACGGUCCAGUGGGAAGUUCACGAGAGCUCCUUAGAGUCAAUGUGAUGACCAAAGAAUGUGAUAAGGACCAAACAUUUUGGAACUAUGAUGAUCAAGGCUAUGUCAUAUUUAAGCAGACUUCCCUUCCCUCUAAUCUUUAUCCUGAAAGCAUUGUGAAGCUGGAGGAGAUCACGUGUCCACUGAUGUACAUUGUGGGCGAAGACGAUUUGAGUGCGUCAAGCAAAGAGAAUGCGGAUCUGAUAGAGGAAACUCUGAGGGCUGCAGGGAAAUCUCAUCUGUUUACUCGACUGUCGUACCCCGGUGCUGGUCACCUGAUUGAGCCCCCGUACUCCCCAAUGUCAAGGGCAUCCUUCUGGGCGGUCAAACCUGAAAAACUGAUGACUCUGUGGGGAGGACAUCCUGCACCGCACGCCGCUGCCCAGGAAGAUGCCUGGAAGAAGAUGCUGGAAUUUAUGGAACUUAAUCUGAGACGUUGAAUCUCUGAGGUGGAGUCUCAAAACCUGAAACCUUUGGUCCUAAACAAAACAGUAACAUGUUAACAUCCUAUAAGUUUUUGCUCUGGAAGAUAAAGAAUAGGUGGAACAGGUUUGCUGCAGGAGCCAGAUUCCCCUCAAGAGGAGGCCUUUUGGUUUGCACAGAGUUGUAUUUUUGAUAUCCUGCCCUGUGCAGAUCGGAAGCUGCAGCUGGAUGGUUUUGGGUGUCACAUCAAGAUCUCUAUUCUUUAAAUGAAUGCAUCAUUCAUCUGUGUUGCAUGCACCUAGGCAUUUAUUUCAUUAAACAAACAUUCAUAACAAUAAAUAACUUUUUUUUA